AUGAAUGCCUCCUCCGCUUCCCGUUCCCCAUCCCUGGCCAGCGCUGGUUCCGCGGCCUCUUUCGCACUCUCUUCCGGCUGGGCGACUCCAGAACUUCUCUCCACCUCCUCCACUUCUUCUCAUGCGUGUCAGACCCUUACUAUUACCUAUCAUGCCUUUGAACACUCCCUCACCGUCGCCAGCGGCUCCUACCCAACGGCCCUGCAGCUGCGGGACGACUUCCUCCAUGACCUGAGUAAGACUCCAGGGGACGAGCAACUGUCGUCACUGGUGGAGCUCUGGGCUCGAUUCCUCAGCUUUGCCGUGCGCCGCCUGGAGCGAGAGCGCCGUGGUUUGAAAGAGGAUGACUUACGGGUGCUCCUUGCCACGGCGAUGGACACCUUCGAGCGAGACAUCCUGUGGAAUCGGGAAGUGCACGGGGUGGUUAAGGAGCUGGACGCAAGCACCGACGUCAAAACGACCAUCCUAGCUGCCUACGUUCAGGCGCGUCAUGCGUUGCGAAAGAUCAGUCGGCCAUCCCACCCGCCAUCCGCGCUGAUGACGGCCGCGUUGGACCGCAAGGCACAAUUGUACACCGUGUUUGGCGGCCAGGGUAACGAUGAGAACUAUUUCGACGAGUUGCGAGUGGUGUACAACACCUACCGGCCGUUAGUGCGUGAUUUGGUUGUCUCCGCAUCCAGCCUGCUGCAGCGCCAAUCGCUCGACGAGCGGUUCAGCCGCUUUUAUCACCAGGGUCUGGAUAUUAUCACUUGGCUGGAGCAUCCCGAGCGGGCCCCAGACUCAGCCUACCUGAUCUCCGCCCCACUUAGUAUGCCGCUCAUCGGCCUGCUCCAACUGGCUUGGUAUCGCGUGAUUGGGCGUGUUCUGGGGUCCACUCCAGCCCAGAUCCAGGCGGCACUCGUUGGUACCACCGGCCACUCCCAGGGCAUUGUCACCGCAACCGUGACGGCCGUGGCCCAGUCAUGGACACAAUUUGACAACCUGGCCCUGGAUGCCCUGCGCCUCCUGCUGGCCAUUGGAGCGUACAGCCAAGACCACUUUGCCGUGGCCGAGCUGCCCCCGGUGAUUGUCGCUGAUGCGGAGGCCCAUGGCGAGGGCUUUCCGGGGCCCAUGCUCAGUGUCAGCGACUGCCCCCUGGAGCAGCUCCAGAAAUAUGUCGACGCCGUUAAUAGCGCCGUGCUGGCAGGUCCACCCUUGUCCCUGCAUGGAUUCAACGUCUGGUUGCGCGGUGUCAAGGCCCCUGCGAAGGGUACCCAGCAUCGCAUUCCCUUUAGCAAGCGGAAACCCGAGAUCAGUAACCGCUUCCUCCCCAUCACUGCCGCCUUCCAUAGCAGUUACCUGGCCGACGUCUCCGACGCAGUUCUCGCCAAUGUCCCCGAUUUGACCAUUAGGGGCGACGACCUUCGCAUUCCCGUGUUCUGUACGCGCACGGGUAGUGACCUGCGGGCCUUCGGAAGCCAGAAUAUUGUGCCCGACCUGGUCACUAUGAUUACAUCGCAGGAGCUUGUCUGGACCGAAGCCAUCAAGUUGCCGGGCGCCACGCACAUCAUUGACUUCGGCCCAGGAGGCGUAUCCGGUAUUGGGGCCUUGACGAACCGACUCAAGGAUGGCACUGGGGUUCGCACAAUCCUGGCCACGGUCGCGGAGGGCACCAACACUGAUCUGGGCUAUCGCAGCGAGAUCUUCGAUUGGAGCCCUUCCCCGGGACUGGCGUAUGGUCAGAUUUGGAGCGAGCAGUACCGACCGCGGCUGGUUCAGGUAUCUGGCAGCCGCCCCAUGGUCGACACCAAGCUGAGUCGUCUGCUGGGACUCCCACCGGUCAUUGUGGCGGGCAUGACCCCAACUACAGCGGCGUGGGACUUCUGUGCAGCGGUGAUGAAGGCUGGAUAUCAUGUCGAACUCGCCCUGGGAGGCUAUCAUCGCCCGGACCAGCUUGAAACGGCGAUCCAGCGUCUACUACGCGAGAUCCCCCCGGGUCGCGGAAUCACUGUCAAUAUGAUCUAUGCUGCCCCUAAGGCAGUUCGCUGGCAGGUUCCGCUGCUCACACGUCUCCGGGCGUCGGGAGUGCCCAUCGAGGGUCUUACGGUGGGCGCUGGUGUUCCCUCGCUGGAGGUCGCCACCAGCUACAUCCGUGAUCUUGGGUUGCGCCAUAUCAGCUUCAAACCGGGGUCGCUCCCGGCGAUUCACCAGGUCAUUGCCAUCGCGCGGGCCCAUCCAAACUUCCCGGUGAUCCUCCAAUGGACUGGCGGUCGCGGGGGUGGCCACCAUUCCUUCGAAGACUUCCACCAGCCAAUCCUCCAGGCUUAUGGGGCAGUCCGCAGCUGCUCGAACUUGAUCCUGGUGGCAGGCAGUGGCUUCGGGGGGGCCGAGGACACCUUCCCUUACCUCACUGGGGAGUGGGCGCAGCAGUACAAUCGGCCACUCAUGCCCUUCGACGGCAUUCUGCUGGGUAGCCGCUUGAUGACCGCCAAGGAGGCCCAUACCAGCGCCGCAGUGAAGCAAGCUAUUGUUGCAACACCUGGUGUGGCCGACGAGGCGGACUGGGAGCAGACCUACACCCAGCCGGCAGGAGGAAUUAUGACGGUGACCUCCGAGAUGGGAGAGCCCAUCCACAAAUUGGCGACGCGUGGUGUGCGCCUUUGGGCGGAAUUAGACCGGACAAUCUUCAAGCUCGAUCGCGCACAGCGUCUCACUCAACUCCAGAAACAGCGCGACUAUUUGAUCCGCCGACUGAACGCCGACUCGCACAAAGUCUGGUUUGGACGCGACGAGCUCGGGAACGUGGUGGAUCUGGAGGAGAUGACCUAUGCCGAGGUCAUCUCGCGGCUGGUCGAGUUGACAUAUGUUUCACUCGAAGGCCGUUGGAUCGAUGCCUCGUUCCAGCAGUUCCUGUUUGAUUUCCUUUUGCGCGUAGAAGCCCGGAUCGGCCAUGAAAGAGAGGAGGGCCAAGAUGGUGACGACAUGAAGAUUACCUCCUCUGUGGUCACCAGCGUGGAUGAUCUUCACGACCCCAAGCCAGCUAUUGACCGAUUUCUUGAGCAGAACCCCUGUGCCGCUGACCAACUCAUGGGUACACAGGACGCGCAGUACUUCCUGCACCUGUGCCGACGACGUGGCCAGAAGCCGGUCCCGUUCGUGCCCGUGCUGGAUGAGAACUUCGAGGAGUACUUCAAGAAGGACUCGCUGUGGCAGUCGGAGGAUCUCAACGCGGUGGUCGAUGGAGAUGUUGGGCGAGUGUGUAUUCUACACGGGCCAGUCGCCGCGCGUUACUCCACGGCGGUCGAUGAGCCAGCGCGCAAGAUCCUGGAUGCCAUCCACGAGGGGCAUAUUGAACGUCUGGAGAUGCGGGAUCCCGACUACUUCGAGGAUGGAAUCCCCAUCGUGCACUGCUUUGGGCCCUACCCCGUCGUCAGUGAGUGGGGCAUGGCGCAGGCAGGGAUCAGCUGCGUCCCCGUUGGCAACACUGGUUCGCUUCUGUACGAGGUAUCUCCCGAGAUGAACUCUCCGAUGCCGUCGCUGGACCAGUGGUUAGCCGCGCUGGGUGGGACGCAGGGUGGCUGGCGCCAGGCAUUCUUCAAUGCUCCUACCAUUGUGCAGGGCCGGGCGAUUUCUGAGAACCCACUGCGCCGCCUCUUCCAGCCGACGCGCGAUUCCUAUGUGAUGGUCCAGGCAGGUCACCGGUCCGACACGACUGUUUCGCUGUUCGAAUACCGCCCACAUUCUGAACCGGUGAAGGUCGUCGAUAUCCGUGCUGACGAGUCCGGGUCCAUCACGCUGGAGAUCAUUAACUACCGUAACGCUGGGGGUGCGGCUAUCGGCUUGCGGCUGAUGUACCAGUACCGGCGCGACGCUGUAUACGCGCCCAUCCAUGAGAUCAUGGAGGGUCGUAAUGAGCGGGUCAAGGAGUUCUACUACCGUGUGUGGUUCACCAGCUCGCAGCCGAAGAAGUGGACAUCCGUGCAUGAUACAUUCUGCGAGACUCAGCUCGAAGUCACGGCGGACUCGAUUGCAGAGUUUGCGCACUGUGUGCAGAACGCCAGCGAUGCGUCCAGCAAGCGGCGUGGAAAGACCCUGUACGCACCGCUGGACUUUGGGGUAGUUGUCGGCUGGGAGGCACUGAUGAAGCCACUGUUCUCGCACGAGCUGGACGUGGAUCUCUUGACAUUGGUGCAUCUCACCAAUGGUUUCCGCAUCCCCCCAGACGCGCAACCUAUCCAGGAGGGCGCUGUCCUCGAGACCAAGUCUCGUAUUCAGGCCAUCACGAUCGAGGAUGCUGGUAAGCUUGUGGAAGUGCGCGGUGACGUCUACCAGGAAGGGAAGGUCGUCCUCGAGCUGACCAGCCAAUUCCUGUACCGCGGCACGCACACGGACUGGGAGAACACCUUCCGGAAGGUCGACGAAGAAGAAAUGGAGUUGUGCCUCAGCGGACCCAUGGAGGUGGCUCUGCUGAAGUCGAAACCGUGGUUCAAGCCACGCGAUGCUGACCUAGAUCUGCAGGACCAGACACUAAUUUUCGUACUGCAGUCGACCUAUCAAUACGCCAGCAGGGAUACAUUCAAGGCCGUUACCACCGUGGGUGAUGUGCGUCUGAAGUCCUCACUGCCUGGUCGGUCGAGCUCUGUCGCAACAGUUGCUUUCUAUGCCGCCACCUGUCGUGGCAACCCCGUCAUGGACUACCUGCAGCGCCAUGGCAGCCCGGUCAAGAAACGGCACAUGUUUAACAACCCGAUGCCGCUCACGGGCGAGGGUUCGUCACUCAUGAUGAGAAUGCCGGACUCGAACGAGGCUUAUGCCCAUGUCUCCUGGGAUUUCAACCCCAUCCACGUCUCGUCCUCCCUAUCACGGUAUGCUGAUCUACCGGGGCUGAUCACGCACGGCAUGUACACGUCGGCACGCGUCCGUGGUCUCGUCGAGCAUUAUACUUGCGCGUCGGCCAUUGGUGCGUUCCGCAGCUUCAAUUGCUCGUUCACGAGCAUGGUGCUUCCGGGAGAUGAAAUUGAGGUCAUCUUCCAGCAUGUGGGUAUGCUGGCGGGCCGCAAGAUCAUCUCCGUCGAAGCGAAGCAUGUUCAGCGCGGAGAAACAGUGCUACGUGGAGAGGCUGAAGUGGAACCUGAGGAGACGGCGCUGUUGUUCACGGGCCAGGGAAGUCAGCAGAAGGGCAUGGGAAUGCAGCUGUAUACCCAGAGCGAGGCUGCACGGCAAGUGUGGGAUUAUGCUGAUACCUACUUCUCCGACAACUACGGCUUCCGCAUAACCGAUAUCGUCCGCAAUGACCCCAAGGAGCUCACCGUGUACUUCGGAGGCCCGCAAGGUCGGCACAUCCGCGACAAAUACAUGAGCAUGAAGCGAGAAUCCAUGGGCACCGAUGGAAACGUCCAGCUUCUCCCGUUGUUCCCCGAGAUCGACGAGGACACUGAGUUCUACACGUACCAUGCACCCCAGGGGCUGUUGUCGGCCACGCAGUUCACCCAGCCAGCCUUGACGCUGAUGGAGCUGGCGAUCUUUGCGGAUCUCCAGGCGAGAGGAUUAAUCUCGGAGCGGAGCUCGUACGCCGGUCACUCGCUGGGCGAGUAUGCAGCCCUCGGUGCGGUCGGGAAGAUUUUCAGUGUGGAGAGCCUGGUGCAAGUGGUAUUCUAUCGCGGAUUGUUGAUGCAGUUCGCCGUGGAGCGCGACGACCGAGGGCAAUCCGACUUCCGGAUGUGUGCGGUUGAUCCAAGCCGGGUCUGCGCAGGAUUUGACCAAGCAGCGCUGCAGCUGGUGGUGGAAACCAUUGCAGCCGAGACAGGACAGUUGCUGCAGAUUGUCAACUUCAACGUAGCAGGGUUGCAAUAUAUCCAACCGCUCCACUGCCUCAAAUCGGUCCUCGAUCAUAUCAACGCGACCGCUUCCUCUCUCCUCCCUUCGAACGUCCUGUCUCCCGACCAGCUAACCUCGCUAGUAAAAUCGCAAGUUGCUACUACCCAGACCGGGACAGCCCUCACACGAGGCUGUGCGACAAUUCCUCUCAAGGGCAUCGACAUUCCCUUCCAUUCUUCACAUCUCCUCCCCGGUGUGCCUGGCUUCCGACGCUGUUUGCUGGACUUGAUCGACCGCCAUGCGCUCGACCCGAAGCGGUUGGUCGGAAAGUACGUUCCCAACCUGACGGCCCGGCCGUUCCAAUUGACGAAGGAGUAUUUCGAGAUGGUGAGGGAGUUGACUGGGUCUGCUGCCCUGAUGGGAGUCUUGAACGAGUGGGAAACCUACAUGAGCACUGCUGGAACUUGUGGAAUGGAGAAGAUUGAGUCUGUUAUUCAGUCGAUGAAGGCCCGAAUUAUCGCAAUCUUCAUGAACCAUAUUGUCUGGAAACGAAAUAAACCCUCCUCAGGCAAUGGGCUUUCUACCCUCUUUCGUCCUGUUCGGACCCGGUCCUAUUGUUCUCUGGCGGAGGUCGACUUCAAUUUGCACAAGUCUAACAGCACAUUCUACGCGGAUUUGGAUAUAAACCGGCUUGAACUACUGCUACUGCUCUUCAAGGACGUUAUUACCCCAUUAUGUCCACCAUCGAGAAAGCCGUCCAACGAAAGUGCCCAGCGAGUCGAGGCGAAACAAGCCGGAACACUAAAACAUCUCACUCCCGUGCUGGGCGGCGUGUCGUGUAUCUUCCGACGGGAGAUCAAGCCCUGGCAGCGAUAUGAUGUCGAGUCACGAGUCCUGUGCUGGGAUGACAAAUGGCUAUACAUUGUUAGCCAUUUCCUGAAACCCGGUAGCCACCAGGAGACUAGUACGACGGGCUCGGAGGAAGGUGUUCUUGCGUCCGCUAUCUCGAAGUAUGUUUUCAAAAAAGGUCGCCGGACGGUAGCGCCCGACGAAGUUCUCCAGUUUCUGGAAUUUUUGGAAGAUGGUGAUACUGCUGAUGCUGAUGCUGAUGUCAAUGCCAAUGCUGACGCUUAUGCUGAUGCUAGCGUUGAAGGCUCGGGGUUGGGGCUGAAGAUGAGAGGCCAAGAAGAUCAGCAGGAACACCUGGAAGUGAAACGCAAACGCGGUCUAGCACUAGCAGUGCACAUGGCCGGAUUAGAUGGUCUUCAUCGCGGUGGAUAUGCUCUGUUGGCCGUCCUCCAGCUAACCCUCGUCGGCCUCUGGGCGGCGCCGUCGGGACAAACCACUCGAGCUACUAUCGCAACGGCGGUCGUCUCCUGGCUGGCUUCCAUCAUAUUCGGUAUUCUUUCUCACUAUGAACAUAUCUGUACUAUUCGGCCCGCUACUAUCAACUGUGGCUAUCUGUUCCUUUCCUCGAUCUUGUCCUUGGCCGAGACCCGCACCUUAUACUUCCUGGAGAGGAAUCGCUCGAUAGCGGUACUCUAUACGGUGACACUGUGCAUAAAGGUGGUGUUACUGAUUACCGAAACGAUGUCAAAGAGGUCCCUCUUGAGACGAAACUACAAAGAUGCGCCUCCUGAAUCGACCGUGGGGAUUCUGGGAGAAUGUCUCUACUGCUGGCUCAACCCGCUCUUAAUGCUCGGCAACCGCGUGGAUCUUACGGUUGAGCUGCUUCCCCCAAUUGAGGACUCACUUCGCUCUACGGGGCAUGGUGAUAGCGGGCUCUAUGCGCUAUGGAACAAGGGACCCAACCGGAAUUCCCCUCACAGUUUACUCUGGGCAUGCUGCCGAUACUACCUGGUUCCGAUAUUGUUAGGAGUCUUCCCUCGAGCGCUGCAGGUGGCAUUCACGUUCGCACAGCCCUUUCUGGUCGAAGCAACCACGACCUGGGUGGGAUCGAACGAGCUUUCUCACCCCAAGUCACAGGGAUACGCACUGAUUGGAGCAUUCGCUAUAGUCUACACGGGUAUCGCGGUUUCCACGGCCUUCGCCCAUCAUCAGGCAUAUCGAGUGGUUUCCAUGAUACGGGCUAGCCUGGUCGACAUGCUCUACAGUCACGUCAUGGUCAUGCGUGACAUCGAUGUUGAGACCAGUGCCCCUGUCACUUUAAUGAGUGCAGAUAUGGAGCGUAUUUCCGGUGGUCUACACUACAUCCACGAUGCCUGGGCCUGUAUUGUCGAGAUUCCUAUUGCGCUGUAUUUGCUAUGGCGUCAGCUGGGAGUCGCCAGUAUCGCCCCGAUCAUCGUAGUAUUUAUCUGUAUGGCCUUGUCAUUGCUCAUCUCUGGACUGGCCGGCCCUCGCCAGCAGGUCUGGCUGGAAGCUAUUGAAAAACGAGUCGAUAUUACCGCCAAGGUUCUGGGAUCUGUAAAAGGAAUCCGCACAGCUGGAUUGACCGACAAACUGUUCAACCUCGUCCAAACGAUGCGUGUCGAAGAGGUUGUCAAGUCGGAAAAGUUCCGUCGACUCCUGAUCCUGGUGGUCGGCGUGGCCUACAGCAACGUCACACUCUCUCCGCUGGCCUCGUUCACGAUCUACGCCCUCAUAGCACGGCAUAAAGGGGACGAAACUCUGACGGCCACUAAGGCGUUCACAUCGCUCACCUUAUUCACUCUUCUUGCCACUCCAAUCUCUAACCUGGUUGAAGCUGCAACGGGAGUCGCCACCGCAAUCGGCUCGAUUAAACGAGUAAACGAGUUCUUGCAGUCAGACCCACGAAGGGACGACGCACAUGAGCCUCAAGGGACUCGGAGCAACAUCAGCAUCCCUGCCAGCGUUUUAUCUAGUGCACUAACGGAGAUUGGAGUUGUCUACGACGGAAAGGGCAUGUCGGUUGUGGAAGGGGUCCCCAGUAUCUCCAGUCGCGAGAAGUUACCCUUGUACUAUGAAGUCACCGGUCCAGUCUUUGUGGCAGAGGGCCGCAGCGCUGGCUGGGAAGCGAGUAAGCCAGCCGUGGUACAAGAUCUCAGCUUUGAGAUUCAUCGAGGCACGGUGACAUUUGUCGUCGGACCCGUCGGAUCUGGGAAGUCCACAUUUGUGCGUGCGUUGCUGCGAGAGACGCCCAUGUUUUCGGGAGCGUUGAAGGCCGAUCCAGACUCGAUUGCGUAUUGCUCGCAGACACCCUGGUUGACGAAUAACACCAUCGAGGACAAUAUCUUGGGAGAGUCGCUGUACGACCUGCGUUGGUAUAAUACCGUGAUCAACGCAUGCGCCCUAUAUGAUGAUAUCCGCAAACAACCAAAUAGGGACAAGACUAUGUUAGGGACUCAAGGUGCUAUUCUGAGUGGAGGGCAGAAGCAACGCGUGGCUCUGGCCCGGGCUGUGUACUCCAGAGCAGAGACUAUUAUUCUCGACGAUGUCUUCAGCGGGCUGGACCGCACCACGGAGGAUGCGGUCUUCCAUGCUCUGUUGGCUCCAGGGGGGCUUUUACGGAAGCUGGGUACGACGGUGAUCCUGACGACGAACAGUCCCUCUCGCCUCUCUGUUGCGGACCAUAUCAUCGCUCUGGGCCCAUCAGGCAACAUCAUGGAACAGGGAACAUACAAAGAGCUCCAUUCUCGAGCUGACAGCUAUAUUCGUAGUCUGGCGGCCUUGCCGAAACGGAAGGCAACGGUUCACCUGGAGGCCCCCGAGAUCCCUAUCCCCAGAGCCAGGGCUCGAAAUCGAUUGUCUCAAAAUCGGUUCUCUCAGCGCUUCUCCCAGAGAUUCUCCCAACGUUUCUCUCAGCAAUUCUCUCAACCUUUCUCGCAGCGGUUUUCUCAACAAUUCUCACAUGAGCAGUUCUCACAAAAGCAGUUCGGCCAAAGCGAAUUCGUGCCAAACCGCCUCUCGCAAAACCGGCUCUCUCAGCAUCGGCUCUCGUUGGCCAGCCCAGAGGUACAAUUAGAACCGACACCGCAGGGGGAUGGGCGACGCACGGGUGAUAUGUCCAUCUAUUGGUACUAUGCCCAGGUUCUGGGGGUGUUCCGGUCCGCGGUUUUUGUUCUUUUGAUCAUGGCCUAUGUGGUUACCAUUACAUACCCUUCCCUUUGGGUGGAGAAAUGGGCAAAGUCAAAUAUCGAUCAUCCCAACGAGAGACUGGGAUAUUGGCUCGGUAUCUAUGCGUUUAUCGCGGUGAUGGCCACUUCUACACUUGUCACCUCCUGCUGGCAUCUAAUGGCGAACCUGGUAGCUCGUGGUGCCAGAAAUAUGCACGCCGAGCUCUUGAAAAGUGUCCUAGAUGCCCCUAUGUCAUUCUUCCAGACCACCGAUCUAGGCAACACGACGAACCGAUUCAGUCAGGACCUGCAGUUGAUCGACAUGGAGCUCCCCCUUUCUGUCUUGAAUACCAUCCUUACUUUCUUCACCUGUGUAGCCCAAAUGGUGGUCAUCUGUACCGCAACGGGAUACAUCGCCGCCACCAUACCCGCAUGUAUAGUUGCCUUUUAUUUCACCCAACGGUUUUACCUGCGUACCUCACGCCAGAUCCGAUAUUUAGAUAUCGAAGCCAAAGCCCCGCUGGUCUCCCACUUCCUGGAAAGUCUCAGUGGCCUGUCCACCAUCCGGAGCUACAAGUGGGAACAGCAUUACCGCCGACGCAACAGCAAAUUGCUCAACGAUUCCCAAAAGCCCUUCUAUCUGCUCUUCGCCAUUCAGCGCUGGCUUGAACUGGUCAUUGCCCUGAUGGUGGCCGGAUUUGCCGUCGUCCUAGUAUCCAUCGCUGUCGCGACGCGUGGGAAAGUGAGCGCCAGCUUCAUUGGGUUGGCACUGCUGAAUAUCGUCACAUUUACCGAGAAUUUGCAGGGUCUAAUCAAGCAAUGGACCGUGUUGGAGACAUCCAUUGGGGCAGUGGCACGAAUUCGCAACUUCAAGUCUACCAUUGAGUCGGAGCAUCUGGAAGACGAGACAGCUGUACCUCCGCCAGACUGGCCGGCCAGGGGAGCAAUCGAGUUUAGCAAUGUGGUGGCUUCCUACAAGUAUGAUUCCGAGUCUUGUCGUACUUUUCAGUUCGUACCUCGACUAACAUACCGUGGCGAUAGGAACUCCUCGAACCGUGCGCUCGACCAUAUUUCUUUAUCAAUUAAGCCAGGCACCAAGGUUGGCAUCUGCGGCCGCUCCGGAAGUGGAAAGUCCUCGCUAGUAUCGUCCCUAUUCCGUCUCAUUGAAUUGACCAGCGGCACGAUCAACAUCGACGGGCUAGACAUCUCUCUGCUGGCUCGUAACCACCUGCGUGCUCAGCUGAAUUGUAUCCCUCAGGAGCCCUUCCUCCUACCGGGCUGUUCGGUUCGCCUUAACGUGGACCCCGGUCUUUCAAUCCACGAUGACAUCCUCAUUGAUGCGUUGAAGAAGGUCCAGCUGUGGGAUGCGGUCCGAGAGCUUGGUGGCUUAGAUGCUACGAUUACGCCUGAUACAUUCUCUCCGGGUCAGAAGCAACUCCUGUGCUUCGCCCGGGCCAUGGUACGGCCGGAGGGGAAGAUCCUAGUCCUCGAUGAAGCGACAAGCAGCAUCGACACCAAAACGGACGACCUCAUUCAGUCACUCAUCCGGAGUGAAUUUGCCGAUCAUACGGUCAUCGCCAUUGCACAUCGACUGGAAACCAUUGUAGAUUUCGACGAGAUUAUUGUCGUGGAUGCCGGGCGCGUCGAAGAGCAAGGUCCGCCGGCGGCCCUGCUCGAGAGAGGAGGAGCGUUUGCGGAGUUAUAUUGGGAUAAGGACCGGAGUUCGGAGAGGACUCCCUUAAGGCUUUAA